AUGGCCUGCUGCUCCACAAGCUUCUGCGGGUUUCCCAGCUGCUCCACCAGUGGGAACUGCGGCUCCAGCUCCUGCCAGCCAAGCUGCUGCCUGGCCAGCUGCUGCCAGCCAAGCUCCUGCCAGCCAAGCUGCUGCCAGUCCAGCUGCUGUCAGCCAAGCUCCUGCCAGCCAAGCUGCUGCCUUACCAGCUGCUGCCAGCCAAGCUCCUGCCAGCCAAGCUCCUGUCUGACCAGCUGCUGCCAGCCAAGCAGCUGCGGAACCAGCUGUGGCACUGGGGGUGGCAUUGGCUGUGGGCAGGAAGGUGGCUGUGGGGCCGUGAGCUGCCGCGUCAGGUGGUGCCGUCCAGACUGCCGUGUGGAGGGCACCUGCCUGCCCCCCUGCUGCGUGGUGAGCAGCACACCCCCAACCUGCUGCCAGCUGCACCAUGCCCAGGCCUCCUGCUGCCGUCCAUCCUACUGUGGACAGUCCUGCUGCCGCCCAGCCUGCUGCUGCUACUGCUGCCAGCCCACCUGCUCUGAGCCUGCCUGCUGUGAGCCCAGCUCUUAA